AUGUGUUUAAGAUUACUGCUUGGUUAUAACGAUUCACCAAUAAGUCCACCGAAAGAGGUUGCCAAAAUUCUACAAUGCCAGCAACCGUACGCUUUGAUGGGACCGGUUUUUGGUAGCCCAAAAUGUGCUUUUCCUGGAGGCGAUAUUCUCGAGCACAUCAUUCAUUUUCAACAAUUUAAACAAGAAUUUGAAGUGAUUGUUGAAGAUUUUAGGUACAAAGGAUGGCUGAAUAAUUUCAAUAUACAAAAUUGUUUCUCAAAUACAGCUCAUGUCGAGUCAGUUACUAGUUCUUUGUCUAGAAUUAGAGAGGAUCUGAUUGAAUUAAAGGCUGAUUUAAAUUUGUCUUUACAGAAAGUUUAUGACAAGUAUACAACUGAAGAAUGGUUGGAAAGUUAUUUUAACCCUCUAGAAAGUCAGGUAGAAGCCUUAUGGAGUGCUAAAAAUAAAUUAUUAAGUCAGAAAGUUUGGAGAAAAAGACCUUUCAAACAAAAUAGGUGUGACUUAUGA